CCACCUGAGCGUACGUUCAGUGUGGUCGCGACGCCUGAUACGAGAGUCCCCUGUUGAUGCGUCGGUUUGUUUAGAACCGUUCGGGAUUAUUUCGUUUCAGAGAUCAUUGAAAAAUCCGACUCUAUAAAGUUGUGCAAGGGUAAUAACAGUUCCGCAAAUGUGAUCAUAAAGUGAUUAUCGUGAACCUGAGUCAUUCAAAUCAUUGACGAACGAUUGUCACAUAAGAUGAGAAAAAGGAAAGGAUGGAAUUCUUCCAUGGUGGAGUGACAGGCUAGAAGCCUUCGCCACCAUGUUAGGGGCACCUCAGGAUUGCAUGAUAAUAUGAUCUUAUUGAUUGCGACACUUCUGCUACUCAGUGCCGGAUCUGCAGGUUCAAUGCCAAACGGCCCAGGAGUUCCAGAAAAUAUUACAGUCACCUUUAUCAACCCCACAUCUGUAAAGGUGUCGUGGACUACUUCGUUUGAAACUGUCGAUAAAUAUGAUGUCACUUACAAGCCUACGGAUGCCAGUUACAGAGUGGUGGCUGUGGUUGCUGGCAAUUCAGAUGCUGUAACACUAAGUGGACUCAAGGCAGACACUCAAUACCAGCUGACAGUAGCCGCCGUCUGGGGUGGCAAAAAAUAUAGAAGUAGGCCCAUCGUCUUCCGAACGCUGGAGCCCCCACGGUCAUCCCCCCAGCAAGACUCCCUGACUAGCUCCUCCAUGGGGCCUCCAACGUCGAGGGAGGUUUUGGAUCCGGCAAACUUGCCAGAAUAUACGCCAAAUAGCUCAACCGUGCGUGGUGUCGAAAUAGGUAUAGUUCUUUUAGUGCUACUAGUUUGGGUUGGUGCGAUUGCCUUGUUCUUCAAUCGUUGGGGUAAAAUAAGGAUGCUUCUUCCCUAUCAGCCAGAUUAUAAGCAUGAACAAUUGAAAGUCCCUGGCACCGCCGCCUGUGCUGCAGCUGUGGCGACUGCAAGUACGUGUAAUCAUCAUGGGGAACAAACAUGUCAACAGAAUUGCAUACACCAUUCUCGCACUCAAAGGCCCAGGAUGAACUCCGCCAUCUUCACUUCAUACAGUGGUCCAGGAUUUGACUCAAAAGAAUUCAUGCGCAGGUAUGGAUCAGUUUCGAAACUUUGCAGAAAGGCCAAAAGUGUGGAUAACAUAUCUCUAGAGGAAAAACACUUUGGCCUACCCACACUUUCAGUAUCUGGGCCUUCACCGCCUGAAGAUGACGAAGCUGAUAUCGAGGAAACUCAGUGUUUUCUCGAAGACGAGACGAAGUGAUUACAACAAACUCUAUUCAUCAUAUCGAUGGUACUCUACGAGGAAAUAAGUAAAAUAUGAAACUAGUGCAAAAUGUGUUUGUAAUAUAUUUUAUCAAAUCUUGGAUUGGAUUGGCGAACAUUUGAAGAAUUUUUCUUUUUGAUAUAUCGCGAUAAUUUUGAUGUUAUAUUACCUAAGGGUCUAUAUAUAGGCAGUAUAGGCACCUACAUAUAUUUAAUAAUUCCAAAAUUAUUCAGAAGGUAGGUUUCAUUUAUAAAGGAAGGAUUUUUAUAGGAAUUAAUCAUUUUAGUUUUCAGGGUUUCCGCAAUUCGUUCAAUUUUUUUGUCUUGAUAUGAAAUUUUUCUCAAAAUUGAUUGGAUUGUUGUCACUAUAUUAUAAUCUAAUAAAUUUGAGAAUGAGAAUAAUCAGAAACGAUAUUGGAGAAAAACUUUAUUUUAGGUGUAAAAAUGUUUUCUUCAAGUUCGCAAAAUAUUGACAAAUUACAAAACUUUUGGAAAAUCUUUCCUCUCCCAAAUGUUCUGCUACACAAACGCGACUGAAUUGUCACUUUCCAUAGAGGUAUAUAUCAUUUGAUUUUGAAGAAAUUAAUUAGAUUAUAAUUUUUUUCAUUUACUUUUUCUAUCGACGACAUUUCACUUGAAACUCAACGUAGAAUUCGAAUAUUCUAAAAUUUACAACACAUCAAGAAAAUCUGAAAUUACAUCAACCAAGUCAUCAUCAGUGUAUCUACGCAGUCGAUGGGAAAAUUGUUUUCCAGAAAAUUUGUGAAUCGUAAUAAUGAAUGUCAGCGAAUCUGUCAAGCUAAAAUUCAGGUCUCCGAAGUACUUCCUAUUAUACUGAAAUAUAAGUCAAAAUUUGUGAACACUAAUAUUUUGAACCUGCAUAGAUAUUCAUUGCAAUUUCAUGUUGCUUUCGAACUGAAUAUUUUUCGUAACUCUCCUAAACUGCAAAAUCACCAUGCAUAUCAAACAGCACAAACCAAAACCGCUUAUAUUUGAAUUAAAUAUGUGUUAAAACUAAAUGGGUGUAAAAAGUGUUGAAUGUUUUGUAGAAUGCAAUCCAAGAUUUCUGUCGUUACUAUUUUCUCUAGGUAACUAUCAACUGUGGAUAUUUCUUGUGAAUAGAUUAUACCUAUACCUUCAUGGUUAAACCUCAUCAUCGAAAUCUCGCACAAUUCUGGGUCUAUGGACACUGAAUGGUUGUUUCAUAGGUGUUUGUGAAUACUUUUCUACAAUUUAAUUUAGUGCAUGUAUAUAUCUACCGUAGGUAAUUGAAAUGAAAUUCUUCUCGGCAAUAAGAAACUGAACAUUCCUAGUGCCAAUAUGUGAAGUGAAAUUGUAAAGUGAAUAUUGUAGACUCUAUUAGGUUUAAUUUUAAUAUUCAUAGUUCUAUAUACUCAAUAACAUUUAUAUACCUAUAUAUCAUUGAAAUCACUGAGAAUCUUCUGUUAAUUUGACUCGAUCGAUUUUUUGUUGGUAGGUAGGUAUACAUCUGCCCUCUACCAACUCAAAAUUCCAUUUACUAACAUUCACGGCUAAUAGUCUAUUGAAGGUGAAGGAUGAAGAUUGAAUUACACUGAAAAAAUUUAGAGAAUUCUAAUCUAACUCAUUGACCAAGUAAUAUAAAAUAUGACGUAAGAGAUUAUAUAAAUAUAUAAAUAAACUAAAUUCCCUGAAUUUUAAUACACAAUAAUGA